AUGAGAAAAAUAAGGCCAAACAAAAGAUGUGAAGAGCUCGAGACUAUAUGCUUACUGAUUGGUUCCCUGGUGGCUGCCCUGGUGGCUGUCCUGGUGGCUACCCUGGUGGCUGCCCUGGUGGCUGUCCUGGUGGCUACCCUGGUGGCUGCCCUGGUGGCUGUUCUGGUGGCUACCCUGGUGGCUGCCCUGGUGGCUGACCUGGUGGCUACCCUGGUGGCUGCCCUGGUGGCUGUCCUGGUGGCUACCCUGGUGGCUGCCCUGGUGGCUGUCCUGGUGGCUACCCUGGUGACUGUCCUGGUGGCUGCCCUGGUGGCUGUCCUGGUGGCUGUCCUGGUGGCUGUCCUGGUGGCUGCCCUGGUGGCUACCCUGGUGGCUGCCCUGGUGGCUGCCCUGGUGGCUGUCCUGGUGACUGUCCUGGUGGCUGUCCUGGUGGCUGCCCUGGUGGCUACCCUGGUGACUGUCCUGGUGGCUGCCCUGGUGGCUGUCCUGGUGGCUGUCCUGGUGGCUGUCCUGGUGGCUGCCCUGGUGGCUGCCCUGGUGGCUGUCCUGGUGGCUGUCCUGGUGGCUGUCCUGGUGGCUGUCCUGGUGGCUGCCCUGGUGGCUGCCUUGGUGGCUGCCCUGGUGGCUGCCCUGGUGGCUGUCCUGGUGACUGUCCUGGUGGCUGUCCUGGUGGCUGUCCUGGUGGCUGUCCUGGUGGCUGUCCUGGUGGCUGCCCUGGUGACUGUCCUGGUGGCUGUCCUGGUGACUGUCCUGGUGGCUGCCCUGGUGGCUGUCCUGGUGGUUGUCCUGGUGACUGUCCUGGUGGCUGUCCUGGUGGCUGUCCUGGUGGCUGUCCUGGUGGCUGUCCUGGUGGCUGCCCUGGUGGCUGUCCUGGUGGCUGUCCUGGUGGCUGUCCUGGUGGCUGCCCUGGUGGCUGCCCUGGUGGCUGUCCUGGUGACUGUCCUGGUGGCUGUCCUGGUGGCUGUCCUGGUGGCUGUCCUGGUGGCUGCCCUGGUGGCUGCCCUGGUGGCUGCCCUGGUGACUGUCCUGGUGGCUGUCCUGGUGGCUGCCCUGGUGGCUGCCCUGGUGGCUGCCCUGGUGACAGGUAGACUACAGCGCGGUAGUGGUCCAGCAGAUAGUGGUCCAGCAGAUAGUGGUCCAGCAGAUAGUGGUCCAAUAGGUAGUGGUCCAGCAGAUAGUGGUCCAGCAGAUAGUGGUCCAGCAGAUAGUGGUCCAGCAGAUAGUGGUCCAGCAGAUAGUGGUCCAAUAGGUAGUGGUCCAGCAGAUAGUGGUCCAGCAGAUAGUGGUCCAAUAGGUAGUGGUCCAGCAGAUAGUGGUCCUACAGGUAAAGAUUUCAGAAUGGGCUUCUUGUAG